UACAAAAGUGACCGAGUUACAGAUCGCCACUCCAAGCAUUGCUAAAAUUCACGCCGUCUCCCUGUCCAAGUUCUAACCCCGGUACCACCGAGCCCCUCGCCGCGAUCUCCCGCCCGAUCCGCAUGGCUGGAAUCAGGCUGACGCCCGAGGAGCCUGAGCUGCCGCAGGGCACCCCGCCCCGCCCCCAGCUGCCGCUCCCCGUCGCCGGCUCCGGCGUCACAGCGGGCGGCGGCGGCAGCGGUGGCCUGGAGAUGGCUUCGGACGACGAGCGGUCAGUGGCAGCGGACUCGUGGUCCGUGCGGAGCGAGUACGGGAGCACGCUCGACGACGACCAGCGCUACGCCGACGCUGCCGAUGUGCUCGCCGCGGCGGCGGCCGCAGGGAACUUCCCCUCCGCUGCCUCUGAUUACUGUUCUGACAAAGAUGAUCAAGAUUCUAAUGAGGAAAGCUCAAUGUUGGGGCUACAAAGUUAUUGGGAUGCUUCUUAUUCUGAAGAUCUCGCAAAUUUUCAGGAACAUGGGCAUGCUGGAGAAAUAUGGUUUGGUGCAGAUGUAAUGGAUACUGUCGCCAUUUGGACAAAAAAAUUGUGUGUAAGCUUUAUCCAAGGUGGACUUUCAUCGGCUAAUGACAACAUCAAAUUUGAAGUUGAUGAUAAAUACUUGUUUGACUACCCCGUGCUCGAUCUUGGAACUGGCAAUGGCCUCCUUCUGCAAGCACUUGCCAAGCAGGGGUUUUCAGAUUUAACAGGAACUGAUUACAGUGAAGGAGCCAUUGAACUUGCAAGAAACCUUGCUGCUCGUGAUGGGUUCACUACUAUAAGUUUUUUGGUCGAUGAUGUACUUGAGACAAAGUUAGACAGAAAAUUCAAAGUUAUUACAGAUAAAGGGACAUUGGAUGCCAUUGGAUUGCAUCCAGAUGGCCGUGCAAAAAGAGUGAUGUAUUGGGAAUCUAUAUCAAACUUGGUUGAACCAGGUGGCCUUGUGGUCAUAACAUCAUGUAAUCACACAAAGGAUGAGCUUCUGCAAGAAGUAGAAGAGUUCGGUAUGCGGAAAUUUGGUAAGGAGGACGCAGACAGAGGUGCAGGUGAUUCGCACCAGAUCUUCCGAUACUUGGAUCAUGUCCAAACGUAUCCUACCAUCAUGUUUGGCGGAGUUGAGGGGUCUCAAGUGUGCACCGUGGCUUUCCAACGGGUGUGAAGGCCAGCUUAAGAGUGCUUUUCUCACUAUGUUGUAGCUCAAUUUUAUCGUCAGGUUGUUGUUGUAGCCUAUACUGGCAGUCCUUUCCAGUUUGCAAGGACAGAGAGUAAGAGAACACUUAUGAAGCAAUUUUUGUGUAGUGUAAACGAACAUGUACUGUAUUAUUUAUGUAACCGUGAACUUUUGCCCAUUUUCA